CUCGUGCUGGCUCUGAUCGUUACCUCGGUGGUGUUGCUGACGCCGCCUGAUGAGGGGCCCAGGGUCAAAGGCCGCAGGUUCCGCAUCCAGGAUCUGCUCACAGAUGAUCUGGUACCAGUUCGAUGGAAUGGCACCUGGAUAUCAGGGGAUGAAUACGUGUACAAAGAUGCGUGGGGCGGCAUCAGCCUCAUGUUUGCAGCUAAUCAGACUUCCAAAACGUUAAUGCCAAAUACUACAUUUAGAGUAUUAGAACCAGCGUCAUUUUCGCUGUCCGCUGAUCGUCGAUUUCUAUUACUAGCUCAAAGCCUACGUCAAUUGCACAGACACUCCUACCUCGCGAGGUACACCGUCUACGAUAUCCUCACCACAGAAUCCUAUCCCCUCACACCUCUACCUGACGAGGUAGGAGGAGGUGUUAUUACUGAGGGUCCGUACCUCCUCCUUGCGAUGUGGACCCCUAAGGGCCACGGGCUCAUCACGGUCCGGGACUAUGAUAUCUACUACAGACCAGCUCCGAGGUCUUCUACCGGGUACCGCGUCACAGACACGGGGAAAGCCGGCACUAUAUACAAUGGUGUACCCGAUUGGUUGUAUGAAGAAGAGAUUCUCAAGUCUCGUACUGCGCUGUGGAUGUCAGGGGAUGGACACAUGGUACUGUACGCUACCUUCAACGACAGUCUGGUGCGCGAACAUAGAUUCCCCUGGUACGGACCCGCACUUGACACUGAUGACCCUGCUAAGACAUACCCGGAGAUAAGAAGCGUGAGGUAUCCAAAACCGGGAACUAACAACCCCACAGUGAAGCUGACGGUGGCUGACAUCGCGGACCCCAAACACAUCCGCACGAGGCAUCUCACGCCACCUAAAGUUAUACUGGAACAAGGGGACUAUUACUUGACGAGUGCCCAGUGGGUGUCACUGACGGAGGUGUGCGUGGUGUGGCUUACCCGAGUACAGAACCUCUCCGUCGUGUCCGUCUGCAAGAGCCCCAUCGCGCUGCCGCUCACACACGGCAGCUUCGACGUCGUACGACUCCUCGCCUGGGACCACAACAAUCAGCACAUCUACUACCUAGGCAUACCGGAGGGCAAGGCAGGCCAGCAGCACUUGUACCGCGUGUCUGCGGAGGCGCCGCGCCCCGGCACGCCGCAGAAACUGCCCUACUGCGUCACUUGCAACUCACAACCGUCUCCAUCAAUCAAUUUGGAGUAUUACGGCAACUUAGCGUCUUCAGGCGAGAGUCCGUGGGACGCGGACUGGGAUGAGCUGCCCGCCACCUCGCCAACUACCCACAAGAAGAAGAAGAAGAAGCAUUCAGGGGAAUCAACUUCAGUCCCAUCUUCGUGUACCUGUCCUAAUGAUGCAGAAUACUAUGAUUCUAUAGAUAAGUUUAUUUUAUUUUUUACUUUAUUUUAUUUUUACUAUGGACUAGCUUUCACCCGCGACUCCGUUCUAAAGUCCCUCAACGUCUUCCACUGCGGCCUCGUGCUGUCGCCCAUCGUGCGCUGGCGGUACUACUCGUCAGCUUACGCGGAGCGGUACAUGGGUUUCCCGAACGCGACGGGCAACUACCGCGGGUACGCGGAGGCGGACGUGACGCGGCGCGCGGCCGCGCUGCGCGACAAGAUGCUGCUGCUGGUGCACGGCGCCGCCGACGACGUGGUGCUGCUGCAGCACAGCCUGGCGCUGGCCAGCGCGCUCACGCACCACUCCGCGCUCUUCCGCCAGCAGAUCUACCCUGACGAGGGCCACAGCCUGUCAGGCGUGCGGCGGCACCUGUACCGCACCAUGUCCUCGUUCCUGGACGACUGCUUCCGCCAGCUCGUGCCGCCGGAGACCAAGGCGGGGCUGAGGAACGGCGGCAACCUCGACUGAGACACGUGGAAAGAUGAGGAGCUCUACACUUGGUGAGGUGACACGGUCAGUAAUAGAAAUCGGAAACUAAACAUUAGUACAAUGCAUCAUAUCUCUAGCAAUUUUUAACCUUUACCUUACCAAAGAAGAACCCAUCUUUGUGAUAAACUAUUUAAGCUCUAGAUAUAGAGCUUUCGUUUAGCGACUUUAAAAACUUCCAAACUAUCCAGUUAGUAAAAAACGCUUGAAACUGAAGUUCAUAGUUUAACUAUACUUGGAAUUAAUCUUACAUAAAGCGACAUCUAGCGAUGCGAUACGACAUUAUUCCAAUUCGGAAAUAUUGUAAUUUAAUUGUCACUUUACAAUAUUAAGGGCCUCUCCCACUUCUGGCUGAUAGAGGCUCAGAUAGCU